GUAUUUAUCCCGUACCAUGGGAAUCAGACGGUGAUCACGAGAACAUUGUACCAAUCGGGCCAUAUGAUGUCAGUCGCCUUGUAGUAGGUCACCUACAUAUAAAGGUUAAUAUCGAAGUUAGUCUGAGAACAUCACCAAACACCUCCAAACUACUAUUGGAAGCAGUUAUAUUCCACCAUGUCGGACAUCCUCCGCAGAGCUUCUGACGCGUUCCACCAUCGCCAGCGUCAAGAGUCAACCGACUCGACGGCCGCACCCAAAUCCCCCGACGCAGCAAAGCUUCCCGAGCAAGAGCCGCUGGAUCAAAGCCCCGAGUCUGCUCAGCCUGAUCCACACGGUGCAGCAACUGAUAAUGUUGCCCAUCCGAAGCAACACCACCGUUGGGGCUGGGGACACCGCCAGGCAAACAAAAUCGAGGCAAAACAGCAACCUAGUCAGCAACAAACAGACAAUACUGACUGGGUUAUGGGCUCUUAGGAGUAUAAUAAUGCUUGACUGAGUGGCCAGUGAGCUGGCGUCGGGGUUUUUGGAGGCCAGCAUUGGGAUAUGACGGGAGUGUUGUGCAGAUAAUGCAUAUUAUCACACCACUUCGGACAACAUGGACCACAAAACUCAGAUAUUGAUCUUCUGUACUGUAAUAGCCCUUGUAAUUAGUCUCUUUCCUUUCCCGGCUUGGGCGAGUGAUUACCAACCUGGCAUGCUUACUUUUACGCUUGACGCGAAACGUUUCCGUAGCUACGGUCCGAUCGGACCUCGAUAGCUUCCAAAUAAUCCAGGGAUCCGUCUCAUUGAAGUUGCAAGAAAGGGCAGUGCUAUGAUGAGGCGAUCUAUCUUUACUUUGGCC